UAGAUAGUUUAUCUAACGAAAUUUGUCAUUUAUCUUCCCAUUUAUCUCGCAAUUGGCAUCGAUAUCGAGAUCUUGAAGUAGAAUAUGAGAGCCUUUUAUUUCAAUACAAUUGUGCAAAAGCUGAUAUUAAUCACCUUCAAAGUUAUGAAGAUGUCCAAUCAGUCUAA